CUCUCGCGGCCCGGAAGGAGCCGCGGUUGCCCCGGCGGGAUGUUCGUGGCGCUGAACGAACUGCUCGGCGCCUCCGUGGAUCAACCGGAGCGGAGCAAAUUGAUUCUGCUUUGUGCCACGAAAACGGAUGCCAGCUUUCUGGUUCACCAUUUCCUCUCCUUCUACCUCAAAGCCGGCUGCAAAGUCUGUUUCCUGGCCUUCGUGCAAUCCUUCAGCCAUUACAACUCCGUGGCUCAAAAGCUGGGAGUCAAUCUCCUUACAGCCAAGGAAGAAAAACAGCUAGUGUUCUUUGAAGGGCUGAAAUCGGCAAACCAGGUUUUGUUCGGCGGUGGACAGGAAUCCGGGGACCCCAAUCCUUUCCAAUUUGUCAGCGGAGACGGGUCAGAUCUGAAACAACUUUAUCAUUUUGUCCGGACAUCCCUGAAUCCUUCUGAUGGCGGAGAUCAGUGGAAGUUUCCCGUUCUGAUCGUCGACGAUCUCGGUGUCCUAUUAAGUCUCGGGGUGCAGUUGGCGGAUGUCCUGAAUUUUGUUCACUAUUGCCGGGCGACCGUCAAUGCCGAACUGAAGCUCACCAUCCUGGAAAAGGAUUCCUGGGAAUCUGGCGAGGCGAAAGAUCCCCAGAGGGUUUUCCAGUAUCAGAUCCAGGACAAGAACGUUGCCUUCUUCGCCCGAGGGAUGUCGGCAGCCGUGUUGUGACCGAAAGGUUCCCGAAAAGGGACCAGAGGGGAUCUGGGGUGAUCCAGGAGCAUCGGUGAUCUCCGAGGGAUCGGGUUUGAUCUGGUUUUGAAUCCAGGGUUUGAUCGCGGGGAUCGCGAAUAAUGAUGCCAAGAGAUUGUGAUGCAAUAAAGGAGGUGUUGAUUGAACCCGA